ACCUUGAAAGAGGAAGAGAUCAAUGUCCUAAAGUUCUGUGCUUGGGUUCAGCAAAAUGGCAUAAGUAAGUUCCAAAUAAAGUACAAGGAAGGCACCUCGAAGAUGAGUUACGAUGACUCACUUAGAGGCCUGCCAAACUCUAGUUUCUUAGCUCAUACGAAGCGGUCGGAAGAAGGCAAGGAAUCCAGCCGCUGGGAGUUAUGUCUGAGACCUCUGCUUUCUUUAAAAGGAUCGACCGAGCGGUCUGGAACUCAGGUUUUCAAAUCCAGUUUUUUAGGGUCCAGUUAUGAGCUGGGAUCGGAAGAUCCUUUGUGGGUUGCGGAAUCUAACAAUAACAAGAUCGGGUUUCAGAGUACAGAUCCCAGACGGUCUGCUAGUGAAAUUCCUCUGUCCGAGCAAGGGAGCGGAAAGAAAAUCAUAUCAAUG